AUGCCUAUGUGUAACACCACUGGUGCCUGUGCCAGCGGGCUGUACUGGUGUCAUCUGCUGGAGAUCUGUCUACCCGUCACCAGUCCAUGCAGCCCUUAUUACUCUUCUAACAGUGGGCGCGUGUUCCCCCUCCCACCCCGCUACACUGCCGCAUCACCGUACUUUCACUUGAUGGCGGACAUGGCAUUGAAACUGGAACCAAGCGUGGACCACACAUAUAUCAGUGUUACAACUCAAGACAAAGACAUCACAGUCUAUCCCGAUGACAUUUUGGCAGUUCAACAUAACAGAAGAGCAGGAGAAUUUCUUCAUUGUGUUGCUAGUACCAGCUCGGCCUGGCGCCAGAGUUACCUUUCACUCCAUGGGCCGGAAUGGGGAGGCUGGUUAGAAGGGGUUUUGUCUGCCCAGUCAGGAGAAGGCCAGUGGCUAGACGAUGUCGUAUGUGACAUCCGUGUGAUUUAUGAGGACAUUAUGUCUCAUUAUGGCAUUCCAACAAUACCCAGCACAAUGGAGACUACUGUACAAACCAACAGUCCGAUCAAAGCACAUAGUCCUGUCACAGGGUUACAGUUGUUACAUCCAAAACUUGACAAAAACAACCAAAUGCAUGUUGCAGUUAACGCCCCAACUCUUGUUGUCAUCAAAGUUACUUCAAGAGAAAGCGCAACCAGCUCCUGGUCGGCCCCUGUGGAUAAGAAUAAAGUCUUGUUCCAUUCCUUUUGCCCCGCUGAGAUGCCUGAGACUAAAGUAGUAUGCGUGAGGUCUCCAGAGACGUGGUUCUCUCACGUGUACAUGGUCCUUUCAGGUGAAGGGGAACAUCUGCUCAACAUCACGGCCUCAAACAGCAACAACUUCCAGACUCUUAGCGUGAGAGUCGUAGGUCAUAUUCCUGUUACUGGGCUGAGGAUCCAACCUCAGGGUGUAAGCAGAGUUCUAGUAGACGUUCCACAGUUGUUUACAGCUUCAGUAGCCACUGGCUCAUCGGUCAGCUUUUCGUGGGUUAUUGAUGACUUGGCGCAGUUUCCACACACAGGAGACUCUUACAGUUUGGUUUUUAAGAAACCGGCAGAAUACAAGCUUAAGUUGAUUGGAAAGAACCCUGUGAGCUCUCAGUUAAUUGAGGUCAAGAUUACAGCUGAUCUAAUGACCCCACUUGCUGACCUGGCAGUAAUUUCCAUGCCAGAGGCCAUCGCUGUACACACCUCAUCUGUCUACGCUAUUCGAGUUAAAGCUGACAUCUCUAUUAGUGUUACAAUAAGUUGGGAUUUUGGUGACAAUACGACUUCUGUCAGUCACACAGUUUCUGCUGCCUCAGAGAUGAAAGACAGCUAUGAACACCAAAUUGUCAAACACAUGUAUCUCCAGGACUCUGCCCACCAUGCCUAUUCUUUCCAAGGUGACUACAUGCUGAAAAUAAAGGCUUACAACGAAUAUGACCAUAUUGAAAGGGCUGUGUUUGUUAAAGUAAGAGCUCCGCUAUCAAGAUUGCUUGUGUCAUCAUCCCCCAAUGUCAGUCAAGUCAACCGCACCAUCUUGUUUGAUGUCACUCUAUGGCCUUCUUCAUAUGGAGUGCUUUACACCUGGAAUUUUGGUGAUGAAGAAAUUAAGGAAUAUAACAGUAAACUCAGACAUGUUUUUAAAAGACCAUGUUCAUACAAUGUCACCGUCUGUGCUAACAACACCCUGUCAGUCUUGUGUAACCAUACAGAUGUGGAGAUAGUUGAGUCUGUCUCUGGUCUAUUGGUGAACUACACUAGCUCCAUUGAACUCAACAGCAUCUUCGAAAUCAUUGGCAAAGUGUCUUCAGGCACAAGUCUAAAAUGGAGUUUUGAAUUUGGAGAUGGUUCAGUAUUUAAAGAUUACUCUGAAGGCUCAUUCUCUUACAUUUACAAGUCUCCUGGAAAUUACACGGUUCAUGUUACCGCUUAUAAUUCUGUAAGUAAGGAACAGCAGUCUGUCAAUGUGGAAGUCUUUGAGUUAUUGAUAAGUAACAUUUUGCCAUCAGGAUGCAUUGCGAGUGUAACUGAGAUUGAUUUUGAGGUAUUGGUCAAAGGCUUCAUUCCUAUUUUGACUUUUAACUGGGAUUUCGGAGAUAGUACGCCAACUUCUUUUGUAAAAGGAACUGCCACAGUCACUCAUACCUUUCUAACUUCAGGGACUUUCACAGUUGGUGUAAAUGCUCGUAGCCCAGUGGGUUCGGUCUAUUAUCAAACCAGCAUAUGUGUUGAGGGCCGAAUAACAGAUGUUGAACUGAAGUCAGCCAGGAGUACUGUAGCCGUGAGGGAGGAAAUAUGCUUUGAUGUUUCUGUGACUCCCAAAGAAGGGAAUUAUAUGUUUUGGUGGAACAACAACUUUUCUAGUGAUGCCCCAGUCAUAGGCUUGUCACACCAUUGCUUUGUUUUCUCAGCAGAUGGAUUAUAUGAAAUUUCAGUGCAUGCUGGUAACAAAGUCAGCAAUAAAACUGCAAAAAUUACAAUCUUUGUUCAAAGGCCCAUAUUUGAUCUUUCCAUAGAAUAUGAAGGUAAUCAUGUUGCAUUGACUGUAAAUCAGUCCAAUUACUUUUGGGCCGAGUUUUCCGGGAGGAUAGAUGAUUUUCAGUGGGAGUUUGGUGAUGGUUCGUUAAAAAUGGUAGGCCAAAAUCAAUCACACAUUUUUCAUUUUCCUGGGAGGUUUCGCGUGACAGUCACUGCAUCGAAUGCAGUAAGUUCAGAUUCAGUUUCUGUGGACGUAGAGGUGCAGGCACCUCUGACAUAUUUAACAGUUAAUACCAGUCAGCCAUUUGCAGAGUCAGGAAUAGAGAUACUCAUAAAAGCUCAGACUGAUGUUAUUGAAACUGUCAAGUUUCACUGGACAGUGAACUCUUUGUCAUCUCCAACACUUGGAACAUCAGAGUUUUUUUAUGUAUUUCCUAAAGCAGGGGUAUUUCAGGUUCAAGUCACAGCACAAAAUCUUGUCAGUCUUUUGGAAACCAAAUUUAAUAUUGAGGUCAUAGAGAGAAUACAUGAAGUUCAGAUCCGAUGCAAGGGCUUGCAGUCUGCAAAAUAUUUCUUGACCAAUCAGACGGUUGUAUUAACAGCAUCUGUUGCACAUGGUUCGAACUUGACAUAUGAGUGGCUAACACAUCAACGUGGGGUUUACAAAACUGUAAGCAAUAGCAAACAAUUUGAGCUUUUAACUAACAAUCCCGGUGAUAUUCAUGUCAAAGUGUUGGUAUCCAAUGUGAUUGGAUCGGUAAAUAGUGAACUUUUAUUGAGAGCUGUGGAGUUUGUUUCAGGUGUAAGCAUUUCAUCACCGGUGAAUGUUUUAACAAAAGACAAGCCAGUGAGGAUUUCUGUCAGUGUAGCAUCUGGAUCAGACCUUCAGUACUCAUGGUUCCUCGACUCUGAGCACAGUCCUGUAAUAUCAGAGGUGCCUUUUUUUCUGCAUACAUUCAAUGUUGUUGGUGUGAUCAAGCUCAAAGUGUCAGUCUUGAAUAUAUUUGGGUCUGCUGACGCAACCAAGCUACUCAAUGUACAAGAAAGGAUUUCUGAAGUGGACUUCACGAUCAACGAACAAUCCAAACCAUUUUUUGUAACAUCACAUAGCCUCCUGUUUCUCCGAGGCUUUGCAAAGACAGGAAAUGUGCGGCACUGGGAAUGGGCUUUAACCUUUAGCAACAAUACUGUUGUUUUUCUAUCUGACAAUCAAACGGUCAGUUAUUCUUCUGUGGAUGUUGCAGAUCACCAUGUUUCACUUAAUGCGUCAAAUGACAUUAGCUGGCAAAUUGUUUCAUAUACUGUAAUGGCUCAGGACGCUAUCCAAGGACUUUCGCUAAGCAUUAGCAACAACGUGGUCUGUGAGAAUGAACCGGUUGCCUUCAUACCAUCGGUCUCCCAUGGAAGUGAAGUUUCCUUUACAUUAGAAUUUGUGAAUGAAAGUUCCUAUGUGGAAAUUCAGCAGAAUUUCACCACUUCAGCUCUUUCAGUUGGAAACCACCUGGUGAGAGCAAUAGCGAAAAAUAAAGUCAGCGAGCAAACGGCAACGGUAACUGUGCAAGUGGUGGACAAAAUUAAAGACUUACAUUUGAUUGGCUGUUCCGCUGUCCUAGAAGCAUCAAAAAACAUUACAUUUCAAGCUGUAGAAAAAAGUACAUCGCAAGUCAAAUACCACUGGACUUUCCUAUUAAAUGGAGUCUUUUCCUCACAGGAAAUCGGGCGAAAUGUUCACUUCACACCAGAUACUAAUGGAUCCCUGUCUAUAACACUGAAAGCAGAUAAUGGCUUCUGCUCGCAGUCCCUGAGCAUUACAGCCACAGUACAGAAGCAUGUGAGGGAAGUUAAGCUUCUUAGCUCCCAUGAUGGAGCCUUUAUUGACUAUCCAAUACAUUUCGUAGCUAUCACUGAUGGAGGCAGUGACCUUAAAUUCAAUUGGGAUUUUGGCGAAGCCGGUGGAGGAACCCUGGUUACAGAAUCAAAUACACAAGACCAUAAAUAUAAUGUAACUGGUCGAUUUGUGGUGCAUUUAACUGCUUUCAAUAACAUAAGUCAGAUCUCAACGCAAAUCUCAGUUGAAGUACAAAAAUUAGAAUGUACACAGCCUCACGUCUACCUUGUGGAAAAACUAUCUCAAAUAGUUAAAUCCAGAUCAAGCCUCUUUGAAGCAAGAGUGGACCUUAAAGGUUGCAUUACACGUAAAGCAUUAUAUCAGUGGGAGAUCUUCAAGGGCCCUGAUUGUUCAGCGAUGGUCAAGAUAGCAGUAAAUGAUACGGUGGAUGUUACAACACCCCUUCUUUUUCUGCCAAAGCACAGUCUAAAAGUAGGGAACUACUGUCUGACAUUUACCACCAGACUUCGGGGAACUCCUCUAAAACACCACAAGACCAUAAACAUCACAGUGGUCCACAGUCAACUGGUUCCUAUGAUCAAAGGUGGUUCUCACAGAAUCUGGUCAAGUCAGAGAGACCUGCUACUGGAUGCAACUGAGUCAUAUGAUCCAGAUUCAGAAGAGGAUGACAACCUGUUUCGGUUUCAUUGGGAUAACACCAUAGAGAACACCACAACAUCAUCUUCAAUCUUUUCCACAUUUCAUCAACCUAUCCCAAAAAAUGGCAGUAUUCUUCUAAUUCCCAGAAGUGCCUUAUUUCAUGGAAAAGUUUAUCACUUCACUCUCACCCUUUACAAAGACAGGAGGCAACCUGUUUCUGCAUCACAGACAGUCACGGUAUAUGAAACCGCUGUAUUACCUGUGGCAGUAAAAUGCACAUCCUAUUAUUCUCUGUUUUCGUUCCAUGUGAGUCCCAGCCGGAAUGUUGCCCUGGCUGGCCAUUGUUCUUCCUGUAAAGACAUUGUACAGUACACAUGGGCCGCAGAGAAUCAGAAAGGUGACGCUCUGCUUAUGAAUGAAGUCACUACCUCCACAGGAAAACACUCUAAAAACCUUGUCAUUAGACCAAGGGUGUUGAUGGAGGGUCAUGAAUACACUUUUACUAUCAAUGUGUCUGAACCCUCCUCUGGGCUUUGGGGGUCAGCAAGCAUCACCUUAAUUCCCAACUGGCCUCCCUACGGGGGUAUUUGCACUCUCUCACCAGAUGACUCGCUUAAUUUCUUGGAAACCAUGGCCACUUACAAUUGCUCAGGUAUUGUGGUUUCAACAGAGUGCCAUUUUGUACCAAAGCAAAAGCUCCUUGUUUUGACACAUACUUUCCUGCUUUUUUCCUUAAUGGCAGGUUGGAUGGAUGAUGAUAGUGAGUCAGCUCAGCUGAUAUUUUCACUGCAGGUGUCACAGUGUGAAGAUUUCGGACCAUUAUGUCCCUUGCUUACCCUUUAUAGAGGCACUCAGAGCAUGUUUGGUUCCCUAGUGCCAAUGGGUAGUGCAAGCAAAAUUGAAAACAGAUCUACUAUUCACGUGCUGGUGAAGGUUGAGGACAACAUGGGGGCUUCUGUGGUUGCAGUAAGAAAGAGCCUGACAGUGCUGUUGAGGGAACGUCACACAACUGAGUGGUUGAGGAACAGGAGCCAAUCAGAGUUCAGGGCUUUACUUCAACAAGGCAACCCGCAGGAUAUCAUACAGUAUUCUAUUGCCCUGACCAGUCAACUUAACCAGCUUAAAACCGUUAGCGCUCAAGAGCUGGAGGACAAGAUUCAGAUUCGAGGAAAUGUGACUAGGGGCCUGGCGUCUCUGCCGGUCUCAACCAUCCAAGAUGCAGCUCAGAUCAGCUCAGCCCUGGCCCUAUCCACCGUAAUUCCCUCUGAAGUGCGGUGCGAGAGCUGCCACGCGAAGGUUCUGAAGGUCACAAAGAAAAUGAUCAAAGUAAUGAGACAACAAACAGGACAGAGUGACAUCGACCCCACAGACACCGGCAGGAACAUUCUGAGCGUUCUAAGUAGCACAUUGACUGCUGAUCACAGCGGCAGAAGUCAUUCUGGCCUCAAGCAAUCGCAUACAUCAGAGACGGACCCAUCGGCGCUAAGUCAGAUUUUCGAGCUCAUGCGCUCAUUAAUGAUGUCGCGGAUGCGUGGGGAGGAGGCUCUCUCCAUCGCCGUUCCCAAGAUCAGCGCAGUGGGUGUACGGGGUGACCCUACUAAAGAUCUGCUCUGCACUGAUCCUUUCAGCAGCUGCCAGUUUUACGUCCCAUUAGCUCUGAGCUCUCAGCUGAAGGAAGAAAACCAGGAAGUUACGCAGAUCCUUCUGGAAAUGGCAGCUGAUGAAAACCCAUUUAUUCCAGAUGCAGAGCUGCCUUUAUCUACUACUCUUGCAGCCAUGGAGUUUGCUACAGCGCAGGGUCAGCCCAUCCCAAUUGCCAAUCUGACAUCAGACACUGCGAUACAAUUUACCUUGCACAAAAAAAGAAGAGAGACGGAGGAUGAGAGGUUGCUUGGGAAAAAGUUUACUCUGCCUACUCAAGGGAGUGUGAAUUUUACAGUCAAAGCCGUGGAAACAGACCCUCAGGCUGGCCUCUAUGUUUCACUAAACUUCAGUAUCAUACAAGGACCUAGCAAGACAGCCUCUGGACUAGUAUGGAUAUCUGUAUCUGACCAAUCAGAUCAUUCAUCUCAGCGUGUUCCUUCUAAAGCCCUCACCAUUUCUCUCUCAUCUGAGACUUCAUCAUUGGAGCACACCAUCUUUCUCACACCACUUUUAAACGGUUCUGCUAAAGAUCUGUUUGUGAACCUGACAAGCAGCAUCGAUACAGAUGUGUCCAUCUCUGCGCUCGUGUUCAGCGCUUUGUGUCGGUUCUUCAGUGUGGAUGAGAAGCGCUGGAGCAGCGAGGGUUUGAGACCCCUGAGUAACAGCAGCCCUCACGCUGCCCGCUGCCUCACCCAGCAUCUCACCAUGUUUGGAGCCAGCCUCUUCGUUCAUCCAGAGACACUUCUGUUGCUGCCACCGUCAGAGGAGCCGGUGAAAAACGUGAUGGUGGGAAUAGUUUGUGGAGUCUUGCUACUGAUUCAUCUGCUGGUUGGUCUUAUCUCACACAAACUGGAUCACCUGGAAAGUCUGCGCCUGUCUUGUGUCCCACUUUGUGGACAAAAAGGCCACUACCAGUAUCGGAUUCUAAUCAAAACAGGUUGGAAAAGAGGGUCUGGUACCACUGCUCAUGUUGGCAUUAGCCUUCAUGGACUGAAUAAAAGUGGUUCACGUCACCUCCAAAGAGAGGGAGCUUUCCAGAGGAACGGUCUGGAUGACUUCCAAAUUGAAACGGAUGCCAAUCUUGGAGAGAUCUGGAAAAUACGCAUCUGGCAUGAUAACACAGGUUUGGACCCGUCCUGGUACCUGCAACAUGUAAUAGUCUGGGAUUUACAGACAGAAUACAUGUUCUUCUUCCUCGUGGAGGACUGGCUAUCUGUGGAGAAUGAGAGGAACUCUGGAAGGGUGGAGAAAGUUGUUUUAGCUUCUUGUCCUCAGGAGCUGCAGCAGUUUAGGAGGGUCCUACAAGCCCAGUUGCUGUUCGGGCUUCGAGAGCACCAUCUGUGGAUCUCAUUAUGGGAACGGCCAGCCCACAGCAGUUUUAGCCGAGCGCAGAGGGUCACAUGCUGCUGCCUCUUAUUACAUCUGUACCUGGCCGCUGGGGCACUGUGGUAUGGAGCAGUGGGCAGAAAGGGCAGCAGUGCCCCAGUCUCUACGCAUAUGUUGAUGAAUGCAGAGACCAUUCUGGUUGGAAUGACGGUGGCGGCUUUAAUGUUUCCUCUGCAAAUAGUUUUUAGGUUGCUGUUUCAAAAAACCAAAAGUAAGGUGACAUUGGAGAUGUCUCUGCCUCCAUCUCCAGUGUCUCACACCGUGGAGAUGGAUGUAUUCCUCAACGGCCCCAAUUUCUCCUGCUCCUCUUUUUUGUCACUUCCCACUGGCCCUGACUCCUCCAUAUAUGAUGGACCGUCUCCUUUCACUAACUCUUUGCAGAGCAAGAAUCUAGAUUCAGAGUUUUGGAAAGAUUCAGAUCACAGCGAUGACCGAUUGGAUCACUGGGCAUCAUGUGACAGUAUCUUUGGCCUGUCUGAGUUGCCAGGAGUUACUAACCUCCUGAAGAGAAAAAAAGCCCUUCUACAGCUACAUUUGUCUACCCCAACCUCUGACCAUGACACUUUGGAACCAACCAAGUCUUCAGAGAAAGAUCUUAGGUCUCUAUCUGGAGACAUGGAUCCCAUUAACACUCUCUCAUCAGAACCAGCAGCAUCUGACAGUGGCCAUUUUACACCCAAUGAGAGUACCCUGUCGGAAGAUCAGGACAGCUUGUGUAGUGAUUGGUCUGAUCUGAGCCUGGAUACUCCUACAUAUGAAACCGACUUCCACAAAUCUUGCGCCACUCUCUCAGUUCUCAGUGACGCCAGUACAUUCCUUCCCAGCCUCCCACCUGACUCUAUAAGCACCACGUCCAACACACGCAUCGGUGUUGUUCGCGGAGUCCCUGCCUCAAGUCUUCCGGCCUGGGUUCUGCGUGUUGUUCAUCUCCUGGUGGCUGUUCUGCUGGGAACAUGCUUGGCACUGGUGGGACUGUAUGGCAGCAGGUUUUCCAGCUCUGUGGUUCUCAUGUGGCUUGUAUCGGCCCUGUCUGCCUUCCUCACUUCCUCCCUGCUGUUGGAACCAUUUGCAAUAUGUGUUCAGGCUCUAUAUCUGGCUGUUGUGGUGAGACCAGUGGACCCUGAGGUGGAAGAGCGUUUGGCUCAGGAGACAGAAGUGAGAAGGACAGAAGAUAAUGUAGGUGAUAAGGUUCAUCCUCCCUCUGGAUACGGCCUCCUGCAGGCGAAAGAGGAAGCAUGGAAAUUGAAAAAGCUGAGAGUUCUAAUGAGGAAUUGCUUAGUGUACAUGCUGUUCCUGUUAGUGGUUCUGAUGGUGAACUACCAGGAAAAUGUGCAGGAGACCAGCAGCAGACUGCUUCGCUCAGCCAUUAAACACAAGCUGAUCUCUGCUUCACCAGAGCAGCCCGCUCUUAAUGCAUUAUCAGGAUGGAUGAAUGCUGAGGAGUGGAUAGACAAGAGAUUAACAUCGCAUUUGUAUAAAAACCCUUCUCUUUCUUUGAUCGGUCUGCCACGUCUUCAGAAAAUUUAUUCUCAGGACUUCUGCAGUCAAAACAUCAGAGAUCUGUUCCAAUCUGGUCGACAUCCUUUGAUGCUGGCUUCUAACUUUUCAUCCCAUGCCAACCCUGAACACCAGAGAUCUUCAGAAUCCAUCAGGAACACUCCAGCUCUAUUAACUCGGUCAUCUAAGGACGUCUUAUGCACGUCUGAUCAGACAGAAAAAGUAUUACUUGGAAACAGCAGUGAAUCUGCACGUCGGAUCCUGUCGGAACUACAGACAUCAAACUGGAUGACAACAGGGACUCAGGCAGCAUUGAUUGAGUUCACUCAGUAUCACAAAGAGACGAGUAUCCUGACACCCGUCUCCAUUCUUUUGGAUCAGACGCAGACAGGCCGAAUCAUUGCUUUUAUCUCCAUCCAGACUUUUCACGUAACUCUGUUUUCUGGUGCAGACUUACACGUCACAUUGACGGUUCUGCUUCUGUUGUUUGGCCUGUGUUUUCUGAGUUCUGAAAUUUGGACUUUGAUGAGGAAGCCCCAUCAUUACCUGAGACAGACCGGAUGCUGGUUUCAACUUCUGUUAGCCUUUCUGACACUAGCGGCAGCUGUCCUUCGACUGUAUUUCCUCUCCACGGCAGAAUCUUGUCUUUCCAGACACCGCUUGCAACCUGACUCCUUUACAGACUUCCAGAGCGCUGCUUCACUAGCCAGAAAAUCCAGUCAGCUCUCAGCUGUUUUACUAACCCUCUUGGUUUUAAAGAUGGUUGGGGUCUUGAGGUUUGUUAAAAGAUGGCUGGUGUUGGGACGGGUUAUUCGACAGGUAUUCCCUCAGAUCUGUACCUUGAUACUUCUGCUGCUGCUCCUGUUACUUCUCUUCUCUCAUACAGGCAUUAUGCUUUUUUCCAGUUCAGUGGAAGGCUUUAGGACAUUGGGUCAGGCGAGUCACUCUCUCCUAUGUUUGUUAAGGGGACACAACAGCCUGCAUCGACUUUUUGAGCAACAUCCAGUGGUGGGCCCGCUCUACUGCCUGUGUGCCGUAGGCGUUGCAUUCUGGGUGGUUGGGCAUCUGUGUGCUGCUGUAUUGAUUCAAACAUACAGAAUGGUACAGGCAGAAAUUAACAGGCCGCCCAUAGAGCCGCAGGACUAUGAGAUGGUACAGUUUCUCAUUAAACGUCUAAAGCUAUGGAUGGGGCUCAGCAAAACCAAAGAGUUUAGGCACAGAGUCAAGUUUGAGGGAAUGGUUCCUCCUCCCUCCAGAUCUUCUCAGGACUCUCAAGCCUCCAACUUCUCCAGUCCUAUGGGACCCCGCCAGGCAUCACCGGCAUCCAUGGCCUCUGACUUCACUGUCAAUUCAGACAGUUUGGACUUUAACCAUUACGUGGACCGCCUGUUGCCUGUUGUCGAUAGCCUUCUAGCUUGUUUCGACCGCGUCAACCAGGUAACUGAGGAAGUAUAUAACUUUGAGCAGCAACUUGAGGAAGUCCAGAAAAGAAUUUCCCAAAGAAAACAGCCUCAACAAGUACCCACCAAGGCACCAAAGCUACCACUGCACCCUCAAACCCCAUCUACUUCUUUCUUGGAAUGUAAUUCCAGUCCAUCUUCUGUUCAAGGCAUCUCCAAAGGCCUUCAAUUCCGACGUGGUACUCAUUCAGAAUCUUCCUUCUUGGGUUCAAGCUUUCGCUUCAGUAAGAGAAUACUUUCUGCGCUGGAUGGAAGGAAAAACAGUGCAAACUGUGAAAACGGGGGCGUUCCGAGACGUAGAGCCUGGAAUUCUGUAACAUGUCAUUCAGCUGACACAGCACAAAGGUUACCCGGAUCUCAGAGGGUGGCGAUGUUGCCAGUAAGACCCCGCAGUGAAGAGGGAGACAGGGAACUUGUGCAGCAUGGCGUACCUAUUAAGAGACAGGCUUGGCACACUGAAUAAAUAUAAUGGGCAAAUACCAAAUGGCAUUUUCGACAAUAUGUAAUGGCUUUAUUAUGAAUCAAAUAUGGACAGCCAUCUAAUUUUAUUCUGGUCAUUUUGAAAGAGUUCAAUCAAUGAAGACAGCAUGUUAGGCACUUACAUUGAUGGAUUUUCAACAGUGUGUUUACAUUUCUGAGCUUGACAGGAGUUCCACCUCUUGACUGGUGUGUUUGCACGACUUAUGUUGAAGCAUUUGUUUACUUUAUCUUUAGAUUUUAUCUUAUUUAGUUUUUAUGCGACACUUGUCUUGUAUAUGAACAAAUAUUUUAUUCUGUCAAUAAAAUGACAUGGCCAUCAAAAUCUGUGGCUUAAGCAUUAACAUAUUUGUGUCUUUCAUUUACUAAGUAUAAGACGUUCAAUUAAUUUUUAUAUAGAUCCAUUUUGCCCCAAUCCUGUCAUGCUGUUAAUCAAUAAAAAACAAAUCUUGUUAGCUGUCCUGAUGCGGCAAAAUGAAGUGUUUUACCACGAAAUCCAUGAUCAGAUCACCCUCAAGAGCAAGGUGUUUUCACAAAGGUUAGAAAUUGUUUCCCUAAAGAUUUGUUCAAGCAAUCCAGCCCAUGUAUGCUCACUGUGGAAUAUCCUUCGUCGGACCACUAGAUGGAACCCACGUCAAACAAAUAUUCUGAGAAAAACCGAGCAGCUUCCGACUGUUUUUAUGUCCUUAUGUUCACUAUUUUAACUCAGAGAUGCUGCCCACAAAUACUGUAACCAACAUGCAACAUAUUAUUUUCUAAAUAUUAAAUGGUGGUUCAGUGUGCAUAAACAAUAAUAACACUCAAGUAGUUAAGCAAACCCUUUAGCCAUGACUAGCUAUAUUCAUAUUGCAUAGCCUCAUGUGCCUUUUAGCUUUUAGAAAACAGAAGCCAUGUUUUAUAACCAAAAUUAUAAAAAAUUGGUUAUGUUUUCAGUUAUUUUUUAUAUAUUCUUGUCCUGUGACUUCUGGAACUUGAAUGUUUUAGUAAAGAAUUUAAAGCAUUCAUGAGAAUCAAUUUCUGGUUUCUGCAUUCAGAGAACACACCAAUCAAAUGUAAAUAUACAUAGUCUACAAUAAAUAUACAAAUAAAUCUUAAAAUACAGUACAGGAUAAUCAGGGGUGGAUUAAGGUGGUCAAGGGCCCCUAUGUUGCUCUUUGGGUGACCCCCCCCCCCCCCUUAGGUGGCUUUCAGGUGUCAUUCAGUUCGCAGUUUAGUUCGGAACGGAGCACGGUUUGCAUGAAAAAUCGCUAAUGUAAAAGCUGUCACACGAACUCAGGUGCGCACGAAUAAUGAAUAUUAUAAUAACUUAUAAUAAAUAUCUAAAAGAUGUGCAGUAAGUCAUUCCCUUUAAAUGCUAUUGAGAUUUAAAUCUUGUAGUUUAAUGUGUAUAUGUAACUUUGUAGACGGUCCCUAAAUUCACGAAUAUCGAGCGUCCAAUGUCAAAGCAACUUUAUGCCAGCACAUAAACUGUGUAUUUAA